CGUCGUUUAGGAAUUAGUGAUAACGGUUCAUUCUCUCAUUAGUCAUUACCGUGGCUGAUGUGCUUACUGUUUUUAGUAGGUUGUUGCCGCUUUAGGUAGCUGGUGCUUCGUGCGUUAUUUCCCUUCCUGCCGACGCGAAUGACGAUUAGAAAUUCGAAUGAUGUAGGCGUACUUGGAUAACGUCUUCCACGCGCAUUGAAUAUUAUCUCGGGAGUUUGAUUUUCUGUUUGUCCGUGUUUGUGCACUCGCGAUGUGAACAAAAAAAUAUGGCUCCCUCGAAUAGGUAGUCGACAUGAAGUGUCAGGAUUAUUCAUCAUUAUGCUGCGCUGUUAACGUGUUGAAUGCUGGGCCGAAGAUAGACACUUAAUGCUUACCGUUUUUGCAGCAUCCGUUCACUUGACUCCAAUCGUUUUGUGUAGCAUAACUGUUUGAUACGAUCAUGUUGGUUGCAUACUUGUUGUUGGUGUCGACUCUUUUCUACGAAGUCUUGAUUUGCAAUGCCAAAAAGGACUGUCCCAAGAGAUGUGAAUGUCUCGGCACGUAUGUCGACUGUAGCAAAAAAAUGCUCAACACAUUUCCUGAAGGGUUGCCUCAAUGGAUGGAAACUUUGGAUUUGAGUGUUAAUAAGAUUGAUGGAACUUUGGCAAUCAAUACUAAUAGUUAUCCAUAUCUAAUAUCAUUGAAACUUACUAAGAACUCUAUUGUAUCUUUUCCAAUAUUUGUAAACAGAUCGACUGUCAAUAAUUUAAAUUUAGCACAUAAUAAAAUAGAAAAAUUGGAGGCUCUAGAGCAUUUACCUAGCUUAAAAAAUUUGGACAUGAACAAAAAUAAAUUGACAUUUUUGGAUGAUAAUUCCUUUUCACAAUCUACACACUUGAAAAUACUGAAUCUAAACAAUAAUUUAAUCACCAAUUUAAGUGCAAAUUGCUUGGACACAUUGACAAACUUAGUAGAGUUAAAAAUAUCCCAUAAUAAGCUGAACAAUUUACCUGUUGGAUUAUUCAAAAAACUUAAAAAUCUUGAAACACUCGAUUUAGGUAGAAAUCACAUAACUGUCAUUCAUGGUUUAUUAUUUAAGGACUUGGUAAAUUUAAAAACAAUAAUACUUCGACAAAAUCUUAUUGAAGAUUUACAAGAUGGAUCAUUUUAUGGAUUGAUGCAUUUACAAGCAUUACAUUUAGAAGAUAAUAAUUUGAGCAAAAUAUCCAAAGGCUGGUUAUAUGGAUUGAAUUCACUUAUCUACUUAAAUAUAAGUUAUAACAGAAUAGAUCAAAUAAUAAGUGGAUGGGAAUAUUGUGAAGACCUUGUAGAAUUGGAUUUGUCUUAUAAUAAACUACAGUACAUUGAAAAGAGUAAUUUAGAAAAUUUAAGGAAAUUACAUAAACUACAUUUAAAUAACAAUAGAUUAUCAUUCAUUGAAGAAGGAUCAUUUAAUAAUACACCAAUGAUCCGAACACUUCAAAUGGAUCACAACUACUUGUCGUGGCUAAUUGAAGAUGCAAAAGAAACUUUUAUUGGUCUAAGAAAUUUGAAAAAAUUAAGUUUAGCUAAUAACAAAAUAUUAUUCAUUAAAAAAGAAGCCUUUACUGGUUUAGACAAUCUAGAGGAAUUAAAUUUACUUCAAAAUAAUGUCCUAGAAAUCCAGGAUGAAGCAUUCAAAUUCAUGCCUAAACUUGUAUAUCUAUAUUUAAAUAGUUCUUCACUAGUAUGUGACUGCUCAAUGGCAUGGCUUAAACAACCAAAUAUAUUUGAGAAGUUACCAUUUGAUUUCAUAAAUGCGUUUUGUGGCUUCCCAGAAAAAAACAAAGGAAAAAAUUUGAUAGAAGUACCCUUGACAGACUUCGUAUGUCUCCAGAACAGUCCAAAACCCAUGAUAAUAUUCCAUCCAGAAUCAAAAAUGGUUCUUGAACGGCAAAACAUUACCCUAAAAUGUGGAGUUAAUUCUUCAUCUAAUGAAAAAAUUAACUUUGUUUGGAAAAAAGAUAACCACGAUUUAGAAUUGAAUUCUACAAACCAUUACUCAUCCUUUGAGUGUAAUGGUAUGACUCAAUUUUCUGUUUUGAACUUGUAUAAUAUAUCAAUGUCACAAAGUGGUAAAUAUCAAUGUGUUGCUUCCAAUGAAUUUGGCAUCACUUAUUCUAAUCGUUCAAUUUUAUCAGUUGUUGUUUAUCCAUUUUUUGCUAAAGUUCCUGGAAAUAGUUCAGUAAAGACAGGUCAAACUGCUAAGUUAGAAUGUGCUGCAAAUGGUUAUCCAGUUCCUCAAAUAUCUUGGCAAAAAGAUGGUGGAACUGAUUUUCCAGCUGCACAAGAGCGCCGUAUGAGAGUUAUGGCUAGGGAUGAUGUUUUUUUAAUUGUCGAUGUAAAAUUAGUUGAUAUGGGCAUAUAUAGCUGUACUGCUAAAAAUGUUGCUGGAAUGAUAGCUGCAAAUGCAACACUUAAUGUUUUAGAACCCCCUUGGUUUAAAACUGAAAUGUCCAACAAACAAGUUAGGGUUGGUGAAGAAGUCGUUUUAGAAUGUUUAAGUUAUGGAUCUCCAAAACCAAAAAUAAGAUGGAUUAAAGAUGGCAUUUCUCUUACUUUGAGCAAUAGACAUUUUUUUACUGCUGAAAAUCAACUUUUAGUUAUAAUGGAAGCAAAUACAGAUGAUUCGGGCACUUAUCAAUGUGAAAUAACUAAUUCUUUAGGAGUAAACAGUCAAAAAGUUGAUGUUCUAGUUAUGCCAUUGUAUCGGAGUUUAAUUCACGAAUAUACUCUUGGAUUUAUCGUUAUUGCAAUAAUUGUAUGCAUAGUAAUUAUAUCCGCAAUUUGGGUAUUAUUCGUUUAUAAAGCAAGACGCCCUUCGUCAAAUUUGAUCAAUAGUGCCGAUAAUAAAUCAUUGGAUUCUUCCAACAGCAAAGACAGUGGUACUGGUGAAUCCACUAAAAGAAGUCAAGAACAAUUAUUCAAUGAUUGUUUGAAUGUUCCUCAAAAAUUGAAUAACAACAUAGGCAAUUUAUCACCUGAAAUAAAUUUGCCGUUACUUACACACGCUUCUGUUGUUCUGGGCGAAAAUUCUGUCUCGUACAAACAUUCAAAAACAGUUACCCUGCCUGUCCAAUUACCAAUUAAAGAACCGAAAGAUACAAUUGAAGACCCAAUAAAAUGCGUUGAACCAUCUGAAAGACCGUGUUCUAUACCUGUUCCACCGCCAAACAAUAAGGCUCGGGAUUCACCACCAAUUGUUCAACAAUCAAGUUCCCAUGUUAGCUUAUACAAACCAACUGAUGACCCUUGUUAGUCAUCGUUCGAUCUAAUUAUUUUUUAGCUGCCUAUGGUAUUAUGUAAAAUGUAUAUAUAUUUUUUCUAUUAUUCCAACUUAAUCCUACUUAGAUAUUAUUGAAAUGUAAAAAUGGUUCCUGUCUUUAAUUUUUGUUUUUAAUAACUUUAAGAUUUUUUUAUUUAAGUAUAUUAACAAGAUAAUGUAAUAACUUAUAUUUCCUUUAAAUCCUUGACAUAGAUAGAUUAUUUAAAAUGAAUUAUAUUUAUUGCGAUUGUCAUUUCGAUAAGCUAACUCAAUUAUAAAAAUGAAUUUGUAUGUAUUACUGUUAAAAUGCUUUCAAAAUCGUACAUGUAUUGUUAUUAAACAUUAUAUGGCCAUUUAUAGCAUGUACAUAUAUAUUUAAACAUCUAUUAAUGGUUAAUUAACAAUUUAAUUACCUACUACUAAAUUAUAACACAAUACUUUAAACUCUCGAUUAUCUGUGGUCUUCUGCUGAACUAUAAGAAUUAUGUAUACAUGUAAAUAAUAUAAAAAAUCAGUAGAGAACUUCGCAAGUCUAAAAACUUUCCUCCAUUUAUUCCUGAUAACAAUCCCGUUCAUUCAGGGAUUUUGAAAUCGAAAGAUGGACUUUUUUUCAAGUUUUGGCCUCCCAAUGCGGGAACAUGCUUAUUUGUGGUUGCCGCGCCACUAUUCAGUGGUUGAUCGAGAGUUUACUGUACCUAUUUUUAUUUCUUUUGUUACAUCUUCUAUUUAAAUUACAUUUUUAUAAGGUACAACUUAAAACAUUUGUAUGUGUAUUAUGGAUCUCAUUACAAAUAUUGUUACAAUAACUCAUAUUUUGUACUACUUAAUUAAAACUUAUAAUGAUAACAAAUAAAAUACAAGUAUUUAAUAAUA